GCCGGCAGGGCGGGGCGGGGCGGCGUGAGGAGGGAAGUUGUCGAAGUUCGGGGAGACGCCCGGCCGCCGGCCUCGCCUCCGGCCUGUCCCUCCGCCUCCUUCCCGCCCCGGGCCCCUGUCCGUCCGUCCUUCCUUCCCUUCCCGUGCAUGAUGGAAACACCAUGGCUGCGGCAGCCCAGCUCUCUCUGACACAGUUGUCAAGUGGGAAUCCUGUAUAUGAAAAAUACUAUAGACAGGUUGAAGCAGGCAAUACUGGAAGGGUGUUGGCUUUAGAUGCUGCUGCAUUCCUGAAAAAGUCAGGGCUUCCAGACUUGAUUCUUGGAAAGAUUUGGGAUUUAGCUGACACAGAUGGUAAAGGUGUCCUGAACAAACAAGAAUUCUUUGUUGCUUUACGGCUUGUGGCAUGUGCCCAGAAUGGACUGGAAGUCUCACUGAGUAACCUAAAUCUGGCUGUUCCUCCACCAAGAUUUCAUGACUCCAGUAGUCCUUUGCUAGCCAGUAGGAGCUCAGUCGCUGAGCUCCCGUGGGCUGUAAAGUCUGAAGAUAAAGCCAAAUAUGAUGCAAUUUUUGACAGUUUAAGCCCAGUGGAUGGAUUUUUGUCUGGUGAUAAAGUGAAACCAGUGUUGCUCAACUCUAAGUUACCUGUGGAAAUCCUUGGAAGAGUUUGGGAGUUGAGUGAUAUUGACCACGAUGGAAAGCUUGACAGAGAUGAGUUUGCAGUUGCCAUGUUUUUGGUAUACUGUGCACUGGAGAAAGAACCUGUGCCAAUGUCCUUGCCUCCAGCCUUGGUGCCACCUUCUAAGAGAAAAACGGUCAGUAUAUCAGGCUCCAUGUGGGUGAUCCCCUCUUCAGCAGCCAAGGAAUCUUACCACUCCUUACCACCUGUAGGCAUUUCACCUACCAAAGCACCGUUAAGACAGUGGGUUGUGUCCCCUGCCGAAAAAGCUAAAUAUGAUGAAAUCUUUCUGAAAACUGAUAAGGAUAUGGAUGGAUAUGUGUCUGGACCAGAGGUCCGUGAAACCUUCCUGAAAACAGGUUUACCUUCUGCCCUGCUAGCCCACAUUUGGUCACUAUGUGACACAAAGGGCUGUGGGAAGCUUUCAAAAGACCAGUUUGCCUUGGCUUUUCACUUAAUCAAUCAGAAAUUAAUAAAAGGCAUUGACCCUCCUCAUAUUCUCAGUCCUGAGAUGAUUCCACCAUCAGACAGGUCCAGUUUACAAAAGAACAUCAUAGGAUCAAGUCCUGUUGCAGAUUUCUCUGCUAUUAAAGAACUAGAUACCCUUAACAAUGAAAUAGUUGACCUGCAGAGGGAAAAGAACAAUGUGGAGCAGGACCUUAAAGAGAAGGAAGACACAGUUAAGCAGAGGACAAGUGAGGUUCAGGAUCUUCAAGAUGAAGUUCAAAGGGAGAGUAUUAAUCUACAAAAACUACAGACCCAGAAGCAGCAGGUGCAGGAACUCCUGGAUGAACUGGAUGAGCAGAAAGCCCAGCUGGAGGAGCAGCUCAAGGAAGUCAGGAGAAAGUGUGCUGAGGAGGCCCAGCUGAUUUCUUCCCUGAAAGCAGAAAUAACUAGUCAAGAAUCUCAGAUCUCUACUUACGAGGAAGAACUGUCAAAAGCUAGAGAAGAGUUGAGUCGCCUACAACAAGAAACAGCACAGCUGGAAGAAAGUGUGGAGUCAGGAAAGGCUCAGCUGGAACCUCUUCAGCAGCACCUACAAGAGUCACAACAGGAAAUCAGUUCAAUGCAAAUGAGAUUGGAAAUGAAAGAUCUGGAAACUCAUAAUAACCAAUCAAAUUGGUGCAGUAGCCCACAAAGCGUUCUUGUAAAUGGUGCUACAGAUUAUUGUAGCCUCAGCACCAGCAGCAGUGAGACAGCCAACCUCAACGAACAUGCUGAAAGCCAGAGCAACCUAGAGUCUGAACCCAUACACCAGGAUUCAUCAGUGAGAAGUAGUCCUGAAAUUGCGCCUUCUGAUGUGACUGAUGAAAGCGAGGUUGUGACUGCAGCUGAUAAUGAAAAAGCUAGUCCCAGAUUUGACGAUGACAAGCAUUCAAAAGAGGAAGAUCCGUUUAAUGUAGAGUCAAGUCCACUGACAGAUGCAGUUGCAGAUACAAACUUGGAUUUUUUCCAGUCUGAUCCUUUUGUUGGCAAUGAUCCUUUCAAGGAUGAUCCUUUUGGAAAAAUUGAUCCAUUUGGUGGUGAUCCUUUCAAAGGUUCAGAUCCAUUUGCAUCUGAUUGCUUCUUUAAGCAGACUUCUACUGAUCCUUUUACCACUUCAAGUUCCGACCCUUUCAGUGCAUCCAGCAACAGCAGUAAUACAUCGGUAGAAGCUUGGAAGCACAAUGACCCAUUUGCUCCUGGUGGAACAGUUGUUGUUGCAGCUCGUGAUUCAGCCACAGACCCUUUUGCUUCUGUUUUUGGAAAUGAAUCAUUUGGAGAUGGAUUUGCUGACUUCAGCACAUUAUCAAAGGUCAACAAUGAAGAUCCUUUUAAUCCUACCACAUCAAGUUCUGGCAGCAGUGUGACCAUUGCAAAACCUGUGUUAGAGGAAACACCCAGCAAGAGUGAAGAUGUGCCUCCAGCACUGCCGCCCAAGAUUGGCACUCCAACAAGACCCUGCCCACCACCCCCUGGGAAAAGACCCAUCAACAAAUUGGAUUCUUCUGAUCCCUUUAAACUGAAUGAUCCAUUUCAGCCUUUCCCAGGCAAUGAUAGUCCCAAAGAAAAAGAUCCUGAUAUGUUUUGUGAUCCAUUCACUUCUUCUGCCACUACCAAUAAAGAGGCUGACCCAAGCAAUUUUGCUAACUUCAGUGCUUAUCCCUCUGAAGAAGAUAUGAUUGAAUGGGCAAAAAGGGAAAGUGAACGGGAAGAAGAACAGAGGCUCGCCAGGCUGAAUCAGCAGGAGCAAGAAGACUUGGAACUGGCCAUUGCACUUAGCAAGUCAGAGAUAUCAGAAGCAUGACGAGCUGUCUGUCCUUUGUCAGCAGUGCAGUAUUCUUCUUGAAUACUGAAGCUAUUCACCAUGUGCAUCAGACUACCUAUGAGCAUGGGAUGCAAGCGGUUUGAGAUUCCUAGAAAUGUGACAAAAGUCUAGUUUGGUUUUUUUUUGGGGGGGGGGUGCUAUUUCAAAUGUGUCUUUUAUUUUUUCUUCCAAAAGUAGUGCCCUAAUUAAACAGCUUCACCUAGACCCCUGUUCUGGUGUGCAUUUACCGUGAGCUCUUGCCUGCUUGUACUAGUCCCUGUAAAGCUAGAGCAUCGGCUUCUGCCUUCUAGAACCUAGCAGAUAUAGUUUCGCGCUGUGCUGCCCUUGUCCUGUAGUUACUAUGACAACGACUGGAGUUCUGAAAGUGCACAACUCUCUGAGCUGAGUGCUUGAAGGGGGGUGGGGGGAGGAGAAGAGUAUCCUGUUUCUUCUGAUUGGUACAAAUUAGCCAGUUUAAAGUGCAUUAUAUGUACUUCUGGAGAAAAUAUAGUUAAGUUACCUAGAGAUGGGGAAAUAUUCUGCAUAGAUCAACUCCACUAUUGAAAACUAGAUGAAUCAAGUGAAACCAUUAUUGCUCCAGCCCCAAGUAAUUCCUAAGUAAAAGUAUUAAAGCCUUGUAGAUGAAACAUGUUUUUAAAACAAUUUUCUCUGGACUUAAAGAAUUUUAAGAUUAACAGAUACCUCACUACAUGUUUCCUAGUUAAGAACAAACAAACCAAUUUCUUACAAAUAAAAUUUGUAAGGAAAUAUUCAUUGUAAGUGCUAGUGAAGAAAAUUUGUAACUUAAAAUAUAACCUAUCUGUUUAAGGUAAGCGGACACAGUCUGUGCCCACUUUGCCCUUGUGACGCACUGACCUUAGUUCCCAGUGUCCUGACGUCUAGGAAGCUAGAAUUGGAAAGUACUUUGGUAUUCAUUAUCUGUUUUGUUUCUUUAGUGAAGGCCCAGCUAUUUGCAGUGAUACAAAUGGAAGAAACAGCAUUUGUUAUAUCCUCUUACUUUCUGUCCAUCUUUGUAGUUUAAAUUUCUUUAUUUAUUUGCUUUAUUUUUCUCACCUAUAAAAUUGACAAGCUACCCCACCCCCCAAAAAAAUCCUACUUUUUAAAUUGAGGGAAAAAUAAACUGAGUUGCCAAAUUAUCAGAGCCCUACUUUUGUUAAAAGCCCAUCUUCUACUGGACUGGCCUGACAGUCAGCUGGAUUUGAAAUGUAUUUGAAGUAGAGUAUAAUUUAUAAUUUUUUAGAUAUGAGUUACUAAUUUAGUAUUUGUAAUACCGAGAUAAACAAAAAUGCACCUACAAACUAUUUAAGAUUCUUUAGGAUAACCAAGUAGAGGUGGUAUGGAGCUGUUGUUAAUCAGAGUAAUUUACUGCCUGGCCUAUAAAUAAAUUCCAGUGUCUAAUCAGACCAUUUUGAAAUGGUGCUUUUUUUUUCCUUUCCACACACUAUUGGAUAGCUGGGAUUUAAAACAACUUUUCAACCACUUCCUUGCACUGCUAACUUUUUUCUACUUUUGUAAAUAUUUCAGCAUAAAAGUUAAACAUAUGAAGUAAGGGCUGAAUUGUAGUCACAAGGCUUUAAUUGUGAUAACUAAUCCCGUGGCCUAAGUGUUUGCUGCAAAGGGUGAUGAGCAGGUCAAGUUGGGUUGUGGUAGGCGGUGUUUCUGUUUGCCCCUUCCUCUCACUCCUCAGGAGAAAGGUAAGUUGACUUGAAUAACUUUCGUUUGCACUGAGAAAAGUGAAAAAUGUUUGAAAUGCUUUAAUUUUUUUUAAUUAAAAACACUCUGAAAAUAUUAAAUAUCUAUAACUUAUAAACAGCAACUUUUGAUGUGUAGUAAGUGCGCCCUAAUCUUCCGUAUGCUUAGCUGGGUCAUAGAGACUCUUAUCCUUUGUUAAGAUGUGUGUGCUCAGUGGGCCAAUGUCAUACUAAAGUGUGUAUAUAUGAUAUAAACAUAUCUAUAUCUCCACGCUUGACUGUAUAGAAUGAAUGUCUUAAGAGCCAUUUGUGAUGUUUUAUGGUUGUUGACCCUGGCUCCAAAGCCUGCGCUUGAAACAAAGACAGUUUUAACCAUCUUUUAUGUACUUGUUCAGCUUUAUUUGUGCUCUCUUCAUAGACUUUUUCUCAUGUUUCAAACUUAUAAAUUACAGUUGUAAUUAUGAAAAUAAUAAACUUUAAUAAGUAAAAUGUGUAUUAUAUCAUUUUGCAUUGAAGCUUUGCACUGUUCUUGAUCCUGUGCAUUGGUAGGAGGAGGGACGAGUUGCCAUCAGCAUACAUUUUCCUGUAUAAAGGUUUCUGACAGUACUAUGGAGACUAAAUAAAUGUUGAAUGUUAAUUCUAUAAACAAA